AUGAGCAAACCUUUCGAUUAUUCCAAAUGGGACAACAUUGAAUUGAGUGACGAUGAAGAAGAUGUCCACCCCAACAUUGACCGAGAAUCUUGGUUCCGCAUGAAGCAUCGUAGUCGUGUGGAACGUGAAGAGCACGAAGACAAGGAUAAGAAGCGUAUUAUGGAUGAGAUUGAAAAAGCCAGCCAACGAAUCAAGAUGCUAGAACGUGAUUUGAAAAAGAUUGAAAAACAAAAGGCAGAUGACAGCGACAGCGACGACGAUGAUUUGGACGAUGCGGAAGCUAUCAAGAUUGAAAUUGAGGAACUCCAAACCCAAAAUAGACAACGAAAGGCCAAGCUUGACGAUUACGAAAAGAACAAAAAGUGGAACGUUGACAAUAUGUUUGAGGUCAAGGAGGAACGAACUGUCAUUAACACAAACGCUGCAAAGACCAACUAUACAAAAUCGGGAUAUGCCCAAUCCACUGUCACUGGAGAAUCGGCCAAGAAGCAAUUUGAAGAAACUGAGAAAAAAGAAAAGGCUGCCGAGAAGAAGAUCGAAGCCAAGAAGGAAGCUGCUCCUGCCAAGCCGGUAGCUGGACCAGCAAAACCAGCUGCUGCUUCCGCUGCCGGACCCGUCGUACCAGCUCCACCACGCAAGACACCAGAUGCAUCAGAAGUCGAUUCCGAUCCCGAUUUUCUUUACACUUACCAUGAAUUCACUGAAAAGUAUGCCGAUUUGCUAGAAGAAUUUAUGGCAAUCAAAGCCUUUGAAGAGUCCAAGGAGUUCCUUAUCCAACAUGGAAACAUUGUGCUGCAAGAACACGCCAGCAAUUACUUGCUAUUGGCUACUUUGGAAGAUGAAAUGAAUGGAUACCGCGAUAAAAUGAAGCAAACUGCCAAACAAUCUCAAAUUGUCACCAACAUUGCCGAGCUUGCCAAGGGAUGGAACACGCACCCUGGUAACGCCAUUAUUCCCUUUUUCACACGCAUGCAGCAGCGAGAGUUUUUGGAAGGAUUCAUGGUGGGUUUGGAAGAAUUUCAACAAAAGAUUAUUAGCCGUGCAGUCACCAAGCGAAUGGAGAUGGACCAACAACGAAAAACCGGUACCAGUGAACAGGGUGUCGACUUGAACGAAAUUCCAAGAGAAGAGAGAUUAGGACCGGGUGGUUUGGAUCCACUUGAAGUCAUUGAAACCUUGCCUGUGGAACUUCAAGAGGCCUUUGAAAGUCGGGACGUCGAACAAUUGAAGAAGGUACUGUUGAACAUGAGUCAAAAGGAUGCCGAGUACCACAUGAAGCGAUGUGUCGACUCUGGAUUGUGGCAAGCUGGAUAA